AUGGAUGGGGAGGAGAAUGUGGGGCCGUUCCGCCGGACCAGCGCUCGCACGCUCCGCAUGGCCACGCGUAUGGCGUCCGCGCUCGCCAGCUCGGACAACCGUGCCCAAGCUGCCUUAGCUCGCCUUGAAGCUCUUGAGAGUGACAAUGCCGGUGUUGAGGUGGUAGAUCUUAAUGACGAUGAGUAUGGAUCCACGGACGAGGAAGAUCCUG